UCAUUUUCCAAAUUGUGCUCCCCCACUUCCUGCAUUACUUCCUUGGAUAAAUUUUGACUUCACCUCUGGAAUCUCUCUCUCCUCUCUCUCUCUCUCUCUCUCAUGUUGCUGGAAGAAACGCGAAUUGAUGGCGUGAUAUAUGUGGAAUUUUGCUUUGCAGUUGUGUUCUGCAAUAUCCUGAAGUUUUGAAUUAGGAAUGAUUGCAGAGCUGACUUUAUGCUGAAGAUGGAUUUACAGCUGUAGUCGAUUUAUCAUUUUUGGGUAAAAUUUCAUUUAAUCAUACAAAAUGUUUGAUUGUGGUCCAAAGACUCAAUACAUCACUGGGCAGCGGGACAAGUUUGUAAGAUUGGAUGACUUGGAUUCCAGACUCUCAUCCCCAUCUACUUCAGUUGCUACAAACAAAUGUGGCUUGAGUAUCGAGGGUUUGGGCCGUGGUAAUCAUAGAAAUCCUGCUCCAUCAAAAUCCUUUAAGAGAGGAAUGAAGAAAGGAUCUCAAGGUCUAAAAUCUAUUGGUCGGUCCCUUGGUUUUGGUGUCUCGCGAGCAGUUUUCCCGGAGGACCUCAAGGUGUCAGAGAAGAGGAUUUUUGACCCCCAAGACAAACUCCUUACCCUUUGGAACAAGCUUUUUGUGAUGUCAUGUAUUCUGGGAGUGUCUGUUGAUCCUCUGUUUUUCUUUCUUCCAGUUUUUAAUAAAUCAUCAAAUUGCCUGGAUAUAGAUAGAAAAUUGGCCAUCACGGCUACAACACUGCGCACAAUUGUUGAUGCUUUCUAUCUUAUUCACAUGGUUCUCCAAUUCCGGACUGCUUAUAUAGCCCCAUCAUCCCGUGUGUUUGGACGAGGUGAACUUGUAAUUGAUCCUGGACAGAUUGCUAAGCGGUACUUGAAGUGCUAUUUCAUCAUUGAUUUCCUUGCAGUGCUUCCCCUCCCACAGAUUGUUGUCUGGAGAUUUCUGCAGAGGUCAAAUGGAUCAGAUGUACUGGCUACAAAGCAAGCAUUAUUUUUCAUCAUUUUGCUCCAAUAUAUUCCUAGAUUCACCCGAAUUAUGCCACUUACUUCAGAAUUAAAAAGAACUUCUGGUGUCUUUGCUGAAACUGCAUGGGCUGGUGCAGUGUCCUACUUGCUGCUGUACAUGCUUGCCAGUCAUAUAGUUGGGGCUUUCUGGUACUUGUUAUCUGUGGAGCGCAAUGACACAUGCUGGCAAAAAGCUUGUAAACAUAAUGGAAACAGCUGUACCACCGAUUUCUUAUAUUGUGGAAAUCAAUAUAUGGUUAAUUAUGAUAUCUGGAGCAACAUUAGUGAAGGAGUUUUAACCUCAGCGUGCCCUGUGGGCGAUAUAGACAAUCCACCAUUUGAUUUUGGAAUUUUCAGGCAAGCUUUGGAAUCUGGGAUAGUUUCAUCAAAAAAUUUCUUGUCAAAAUAUUGUUACUGUUUAUGGUGGGGGCUGCAGAAUCUGAGUACUCUUGGACAAGGACUACAAACCAGCACUUACCCUGGAGAGUCUAUAUUCAGCAUUGCACUAGCCAUCUUGGGACUCAUUCUUUUUGCACUCUUGAUUGGGAAUAUGCAGACAUACCUUCAGUCCCUCACCAUUCGCCUUGAAGAGAUGAGAGUUAAAAGGCGUGACUCUGAGCAAUGGAUGCAUCAUCGCUUGCUCCCACCAGACCUCAGGGAGCGGGUCAGACGCUACGAUCAAUACAAGUGGUUGGAAACACGGGGUGUGGACGAGCAAAGUUUGGUUGAGAGUUUACCAAAAGAUCUUAGAAGAGACAUAAAACGUCAUCUUUGUCUGGCAUUAGUCAAGAGGGUCCCACUCUUCGAGAAUAUGGAUGAGAGAUUGCUUGAUGCCAUCUGUGAGCGGCUGAAACCUUGUUUAUACACCGAAAGUACUUACAUCGUCCGCGAGGGGGAUCCUGUCGACGAGAUGAUAUUUCUCAUACGCGGCCGCCUCGAGAGUGUAACCACCGACGGUGGAAGAAGCGGGUUUUUCAACCGUAGUUUACUCAAAGAAGGAGACUUUUGCGGCGAGGAGCUUCUCACGUGGGCGCUAGAUCCAAAGUCCGGUUCCAACCUGCCGUCCUCCACUAGGACCGUGAGGGCGCUGACCGAAGUGGAAGCUUUCGCCCUGACAGCCGACGAGCUGAAAUUCGUUGCCAGCCAGUUCAGACGGCUCCACAGCAGACAGGUCCAGCACACAUUCCGUUUCUACUCGCAGCAGUGGCGCACCUGGGCCGCCUGCUUCAUUCAGGCAGCGUGGCGACGCUACUCCAAGAGGAAACUCCUCGAGCUGCAGAGGAAGAAGGAAGAGGAGGAGGCGGAAUUAGCCGGGGCGAGCAGCAACGCCGGCAGCGGCUCGUACAGCAUCGGUGCUACUUUCUUGGCUUCCAAGUUCGCUGCAAACGCGCUGCGCGGGGUCCACAGAAAUAGGAACCUCAAGAGCGCCCGGGAGCUGGUCAAGCUACAGAAGCCACCGGAGCCUGAUUUUACUGCCGAUGCAGAUUAGGUGUAAUUUUCUAACUCAGUUUUUCUUUUUCCUUUUUUUUCCUUUUUCGGACUCCUACAGCAAUAUUAGGGAGCUCCUAAGUGUGUAUUUGUACAAUACUUCAGUGUUUUACUGCGAUUGUGAGAUGACAGAAUUAUGUUACAUCAA